GAAAAGUAUACAAUUCAAAAUGAUAAUUAGUUUACGAACAGUGUCUUGUGCUACUCAUCAAAAUGUCUUAUUGAGAUAUGUUCAAAGGAGCUGUCCUCGCAAUAAACUUGUGUUUGGUCGCAAUGCCAGCAACUAUGGAAUCAAGAACUUCAAGCCCCCCACCAUGAACAGUUUACCUGUUCCUCAGGGCUCUUGGAGUACAGAAUAUGCCAGGAAGCAGAAGAAAUACAAUGCUCUUCUUAUGGGAGGGCUGGCCUUCUGUGGUGCCACACUCCUGGUGGGCAAGCAGACAGGUUUACUUAACUUUAAUCUGCGUCCUGAGUACAAAGGAACUUUUGACCCUCCCAUUCUGUCAAACUCGGAAAUUGUGGUUAAACAUUUUGAAGCUCCUACGCUAGACCUACCCCCUCCACCUGUCACGUCAUCUAAAGAACCUGAUGUUCAAGCCCCAGCAAAGAGUGAAACUAAACCCCAGGUACCUGAGACUAAACCCGAAGUUGAGGUGCAAGAGAAAUCUAAACUGGAACCCAAAGUUGAGCCAAAAGCCGAACCAAACAAACAAACAGCAGCUGCUGCUGCUCCCGCAGCUGAUGCUGCUGCUCCCGCAGCUGAUGCUGCUGCUCCCGCAGCUGAUGCUCAUGCAGCUGAGACAACUGCAUCAAAAACUGAAGAGAAGGCAUCUAAGGCUUCUGAAAAACCUGCAGCCGCUCCUGAAAAAGCAGUUCCCGUUCCAAACCCUUAUGAAGAAUUUCCUCCCACCACACUUAAAGAUGGUCAGGUUGUGCCAGGCUAUGUCCCUUACUUAAUUAUCGGCGCCGGUACCUCCUCCGUCGCAGCCUUCCGAGCCAUCAAGUCUGCUGACCCUAAAGCCAAGGUGUUGGUGGUGUCAGGGGAGGGCGAGGAGCCUUACAUGAGGCCUCCUCUCAGCAAGGAGCUCUGGUACAGCGAUGAUCCUGAGACGCCAAAGUCGCUACACUUUAAACAAUGGAAUGGCAAAUCACGUAGUGUUUACUUCGAGCAUCCACAAUACUACACGCCAACCAGCGAGCUGAGCACGCGUCCUAACGGUGGCGUGUCGCUGCUUAAGAACGUCACAGUGGUUAAACUUGACCCCACGUUCCGCACUGCAUUCCUUGAAGACGGCACCGCCAUUCGCUACGAGAAGUGCCUCAUAGCCACGGGAGGCAAACCGAAGUCGUUGGCUGUGAUAGACCGCGCGGGCUCGGCGGUGGUGGAGAAGACGACGCUGUUCAGGGGCGUUGCAGACUACCGCAGGCUGGAGCAGGUCGUCUCGCAGGGCAAACAUGUCACCAUCAUCGGGGGUGGCUUCCUUGGCUCUGAGCUUGCUUGUGCUAUUGGCCACAAGAGCAAGAAGGUGGGAGGGUCGGUCUCGCAGGUAUUCCCAGAGUCGGGCAACAUGGGUAAGGUUUUGCCCGAGUAUCUGUGCCGUUGGACCACCGACAAAGUCAGGAACGAAGGCGUCGACGUCAUCACCGAUUCUUUUGUGAAGUAUGCGUCUACCACCAGCGAUGGCAGAGUGAAGCUUGACCUCAACACUGGCAAGUCGUUGAUAACAGACCACGUGGUCGUGGCUGUGGGACUUUCUCCAAACACGGAGCUUGGUCUAACAUCAGGGCUGGAAUUGGACGAGCGCAGGGGAGGCUUCAGAGUCAAUGCUGAGCUGGAGGCGAGGUCCAACCUCUGGGUGGCAGGUGACGCUGCUUGCUUCUAUGACGUUCACCUGGGACGGCGUCGAGUGGAGCACCACGAUCACGCCAUCGUCAGCGGCAGACUCGCCGGCGAGAACAUGACCGGUGCCGGCAAGCCGUACUGGCACCAGUCAAUGUUCUGGUCUGACCUGGGCCCAGACGUCGGUUACGAGGCGAUAGGCAUUAUCGACUCCUCCCUCCCCACAGUUGGGGUCUUCGCUAAAGCUACUGCCAAGGACUCCCCCAAGGCGGUUGUGGAGGAGACGGGAGAGAGCAUCAGGUCUCUUACUGAGGGUCGAGCUGAGCCGAUCGUUUCCUCACCUCUGAAGCAUUCGAGUGAUCCACACCCGCCCGCCGAGGGAGAGAACUACGGCAAGGGCGUCAUAUUCUACCUUAGAGAUAACAAAGUCGUUGGGCUACUCCUCUGGAACGUCUUCAACAGAAUGCCCGUCGCGAGAAAAGUUCUCAAGGAAGGCAAGAGUUAUGACGAUCUCAGUGAAGUAGCCAAACUUUUCAAUCUUCAUUCGGAGUAACUAGCUUCCUUUGAACUACAACACUCCUUUCUCAUGUGAUACAAGGACUGCUAAAAUGAAAACAGGAAUCCGCCUUGUACGUGUAUGGAUACACGAAAACAAAAAAAAAAAAAAAUCGAAUGUGUUGGUUAAAUAAAGAGUUUAAACUGUUGUUACGUUUUCAUCGACAUCAAGUCUUCUUGAUGCUUUCAUGUUAAGACCAAGUUGUUGUCGCAGUUUAUCGCCCCUUCGUUUCGGCGUCAGUGACGAGUUUUGUUUGCUAGGGGUGGGCUCAUUAGUUGUAGGCCUUAUGCAAUUUAUACUUUGUUGCAUCGGCUACUUUGUUUAAAGACAUCUGAACUUCAAACGAAAUUAUUUUAUGACAGAAAUUAGGGAAUGUUAUCUUGAAUGAUAAGGAUGAAAAUUCGCGAGUACCUUCGAUUCGCGAGUACAUAUGACUGAGGGUGCUAUUUCGCUGCGUAAACUGCACAUGUGUGACGAUAUCUUUUUCAAUAUUCAAUAUCUUUGAAUAUUUUGCUCGAAGGUUGCUUUUAGUUCAUAAUUGUUAGUGAAGUGUAAUUAGAAGCUCGACUGUGUACUAAUUGGUAUAGAAUAUGAAUAUUGCAAUGUCAGCUUGAGCCUGUGCCGAACUAACUCGUGCUACCAGUUUAGUCAUGAACUCUUGAGAGGAACGAAGAAAACUGCUUGAGACGUUUCUGCUCAGGAGGGUAUCGUUUUCUCCUACUUAACUAAUAUUUUGUUGCACUGACACUUAUUUGUCUAGCAAUUAAAUUACAUGUUAUUAUUAAUGCAGAAAUUUAAGCCAUAAAUUUAAAAAGUUGUCUUGUGUGAAAUUUAAUUUCGCCUUUAUUGAUGUCUUAGGCUUCGUGAAUUGAAUAUGGCCAACGAAGAAGACAUGACUACUACUCCGGCUGUUGAGAAAGCAUUAAAUGUUCCCGCGUUUAUGUGCAAUUUCCGCUAUCUAUAAUUAAUGAUCAAUUGCGAAUUCGACCCUGAGUAAUGAGACUAAUGACUAUACUGUUCUUGUUUCAUCUGAAUGACAUGAUCUCACCACCGAUGCUUAGUGUCCAAUAGUUUCUGCGCUAUAAACUUAUAGCAUUCUCAGUAACAAGCGGCCAUUGUGGGUGCAACUAUACGUUUUGAUGAAUACUUGUUACGUCUACAUAUUCCUGUCAAGUAUAUUUACAGUGAACCUUACAACAUCUCGUAUGAAUUAUAAGCUAGCUUGAAAAUUGUGUUUAUUUGCUGUCCUGUGGAUAUUAUUUAGAAAAUGAUCCACAUAAUUGAGUAUUGUACAAUUACAGUUUAAACACAUAUUUCAGGUUUUAUCUUUCCAAAUAACAGGAACAUGGCUUUCUUCAGACGAAAUUUUGUUAGCGUUUUUUGCCUUUUCUGUCGAAGUAAUGUUUUUUUUUUUCUACCAAUAUAUGAUGGAAAUGUAACCGUUUUAAGGAGGUUGUUGUUGUGCUUCUGUUGUCUAUGUAAUGAAUGCCAACUCGCAGCGUAUCCGGACAUAUUUCUUGCUGAAAUAUACCAUUUUCUUUCGUUCAAUUGGUUCCUGAUAUUCAAUUUAAUUGAAGUUUGAAACUUUUUCUUCUCAGAUGUUAUCAUGUCUUGAAUUAUUUCUUGUGUUGCGUCGAUACUCAGUUAAAUAUGGACGGCGAUUUAGACUGCAUCAUGAAUAUAUAUUGGUAUAAAGGGCACGCUAAUAACCCCUAUGCUUGGCUUCAGCUAACUAAGUGGCUGAAAAUGAUUGAUCGUCAUGACUCCACUCGUUGAACUUCUGUCAUUUGUCGUGCGAAAUUUCUUUCACACAGUAACUCAACUGUUGGUGAAGAAUACACUACGAUUUUAUUUAAUGUAUAGAUUUUAUUGUUGAGUCUUUGUCUUGGCAGUAAAAAUGUAUGUCAUUACAUUUAUAACUAGUUGCUGCACUUAAUAACGUCAGGAUGGGCAUCUAUUGUCAUCAUUGGUGCUACUUGCUUUUUAUCACUUCUUUGAGUGUUGAUACCCUUUGUACAUAUUAAAUUAUAUUGAUGAUAAUACUACUCUGUGGUGUGUUGAUGGCUCAAGAUUCAACCUUUUAGUGAUUUGGACAUCAACAACGAUGUUUCUGGAAGCGUCCCACAAAAUUCGGAUGAACUUCGGUGAAAUUUUAUCAAAAAUUUAUUGUGAACA